AUGCCGCCCCCCACAACCCACCCCCAACACCCCCCCUACGCCCCCCCACCAGGCCACCCCCCCACCCCUCGCCCAGCCACACCACCCACGCCACCCCUCCCACACCCAAAUCCGGGAGGCCACCCGCUCACCGGAAAACAGCACCAAGGGACCGGGCAACAGCACUGCAAGGGCAAACGAGCCCAGCCCACCUCCGGCCGCCCAGAGAGACGCGACCCUGAGGGAGGGAGAGGAAGGAACACCAGGGGAGGCGCAACAACCCAGGCCCUCGGGCCCGGCAGGGAGAAGCCCCGGAGAUCACGCCAUGAUUUAAGAGGAGCGAUCAACGGGGCCCCACCCAGCCAGGCGGAGGGAGGUGCGUGCGCGCCCAGCGCCCCCCCAAACAAUCCAGACGGCCGCCAGGGCGCCGCGAGCGCCAGGAACCACAGGAGGCCAACGACACCACACAAAGCGGCCACCCCCACGAAGAAAACACGACAGGCGACCCGGCCCGACCGGGCGCCAGACCCAGACGACUGCCGGGCCGCCACCCACGACAUUUUUAGUCGCAGAUGGCGACCCAGCGGACGCCCAAACCAGGCGCCCGACCGAGCCGAACCGCCCACCAUGCCCCCCCACGGAAGCAGCCACCCCGCAGGACGCCACCAGCCCCCCACGACCCCCGGCCCACGUGGCGACCCGGGGAACAAGGCCAACCACGUCGAGCAACAGGGGACAGCACCUGGAGGAUUAGCCAAGCAUGCAGUGACACCAAGUUAG